AUGUCUCCAAUCUCCCCGCAACCCUCCGAGACCCGCCCGCGGGCUGGGACCGCCAUGAGCUUUUCCUCCCAGCGUUCCCGUCGCAGCAACUCGUCAACCGGCAAGAUCGACUUGACAGAGACUUCACGGGACAAGAAGAGGUUAAAUACCAAGGCCGAUCCUUCGAAAGCCAUAACUGAGGCCACCCCAGUGGAACAAGCACAAGAAGCAUCUACAGUCGACGACUUGCGGAAGAUGUCGCACAAGGACAGUGAGGGCAAUGUCAUCACCGAUCCUGAUCGGUCUAAUCCCACCCGUCAUCGCAUGGAGCGCCCUCUUGACACAAUCCGUGCAUUCAAUGCUGCUGCCGAAGGCACCACCUCGCGCCGGGCCUCCUACAAUACUCGACCAGGCUCCCAGGUUGGCUGGAAUGGAGACAUGAGCCGGAGGACCAGCUAUUAUUCAAACAAUGGCUAUUCUCAGCAACGGCCACGAAUCUCACCCAGUGGUGGUUACUACCGCAAUUCUGCGUAUGGAUUUGGCCCACAGAGCGCGGUGGAAGAAUCUCCAGGAUCUUCUCAAAUGUUCGCCCGGCCACCUAUGCGCCAACAAACUUACCCGUACACCGGAACACAGAAUGGUUAUACGAAUGGACAUCAAAACGGAUACCAGAACGGAGAGAGUCCCACGUCUUUCCACUCGUACCAUCAUUCGUACGAGACAAUGACCUCUGGCUCUGACGAGUAUGGGAAAUCCACCAACCCCAGCUCACAGAACAGCUCCUUUGACCAGCUCCACCAACUUCGUAGCAAGCCAGAGGAAUUUGCCCCAGAGAAUCCAUAUGCAAACGAAAUCAAGUUCAACCAGGUAUCUCCGACGAAGCCAUUCACACCAUAUACUAUUGGGGAUGGAAGUUACAAUCAAGAUAUCUCUCCGCCGGCAAUCCCACCCAAAGGAUUCAGCCCUCCGGCUGCAAACAAUCCGCGACAACCAAUUCAGAUUACCAGCUCCCCAACCGACACGAUGUCUCCCGGGAAUGCCACCUCCCCGAAGAAGCAAAGCUGGAUCAAACGGCGGUUCAGCCGACGAGAAAAUUGA